AGGGCCGUGCUUCAAUUGAAAAGCGUUUCCCUCGUCUUCCCCUCGCGAAAAUUUUGAACCGAGAUUCUACUCCUCUUCAAGAUGCGCAACACUCUGAUCUUCUCGGGUACCUCGUGUCCCGACCUCACCAAACGAAUAUGUGAAAACUUGGGCAUGGCGCCGGCCGAGGCCGAGCUCACCCAAUUCUCAAAUGGCGAAACCAGCGUCCGAAUCCUCACAAGCACACGAGAGAAGGAUGUCUUUGUCGUCCAAUCCGGCAGCCCUAAAAUCAAUGACACAAUCAUGGAGUUGUUGAUCAUGAUUUCGGCAUGCAAAGGAGGCUCAGCAAGCAAGAUUACGGCUGUACUACCAUACUUCCCCUACAACCGCCAAUCCAAGAAGAAGUCACAUCGAGGAGCCAUUACCGCAAGGAUGCUUGCCAACUUACUACAUGUUGCCGGUGUCAAGCACGUCAUCACAGUCGACCUGCACGCCUCCCAGAUGCAGGGCUUCUUCCAGUGUCCUGUCGACAACCUGCAUGCCGAGCCUCUCAUUGCCAGAUGGAUAAGGCUCAACGUAUCAAACUGGCGAGAGGCCGUCGUUGUGUCGAAGAACGCGGGUGGCACAAAGCGAGUAACAUCGCUAGCAGAUGCCCUCAAGCUCAACUUUGGCAUGGUUACUACCGACAAGAAACGUGGCGGUGGCAACAUGACGGCAAGUAUGAUCCUUGAGCAACUUGACAGGCCAGACCCUGUCGCCGUUCCGACCAAGGACGGAGGUGUCGCAACAACACCUACGGCCGAAGCACCAUUUCCGAACCUGGAUGGUACCUCAGAGGCGACAUCGUCAAAGACUCGUGUAGUGGCCGAUUCCCGUGGAUCGCCAAAACGUAUACCUGUCAGGACGAACGGCAGAUCAAGAGUCACGUCACAUCCGAUACAAACCGAGACCGUGGCAGAGGAAAAGGAACAGGCUGAGGGCGAUGUGGUUGAUAACGGAGAGGACGCAGACGAUGAGAAUGACGGUCGCCCCGACGAGGUAACACAUGCACGUCUUUUUCAGGGACACAUUGUUCCUGACGAUUUUCCAUCUCCAUCGACAUCUGCGGCAGAUGCAAGCUUGCCUGACGACGAUCCUAUGAUGAUGUCUCACGCCUCUUCCUUCUUUCAACCAGAUAACCAUGCUCUUGGCGGCUCUGGAGAUGCUGCCAGUUCAGAUGAGGAAGAGGACAAACUCAAAGAUCCUCGCAUCGAACACAUGAUCACCCUAGUCGGUAAUGUACGCAACCGAACAGUCUUCAUUGUCGAUGACAUGAUCGACAAGCCGGGCAGUUGGAUCGCUGCUGCUGAAGCCGUCGUCAAACGGGGUGGCGCCACGACGGUCUACUGCAUGGCAACCCAUGGAGUCUUUGGCGGCGAUUGUCUGGAGCAGUUGGAGGCUUGUGACUGCAUCCACCGUAUUGUUGUCACGGACAGCUAUCCGAUUCGCCCUGAGAAGGCAAGGAGUGCAAGCAAGCUGGUGAUUCUGGACCUUUCCCAUCUUCUUGCUGAGGCCAUCAGGCGCAACCACAACGGUGAAGCUAUCUCGCCUCUAUUCCAGCACAUUGUCGAUUGAGCAAGCAUACAAUAAGCCUUUGAUGACAUUUUACUAUGGUCUGUGGAGGCCUAACGAACAUUGUACGACUCACAAAAUGGUAAGGGCAAGGUAUGCAUUCGGUUUCUUUUCAAAGCUUGGCGUCUUUGGUGCUAUGGGGCAUAUUUUAAAAAACGAGAUGCGAAGCGAAAGGUCAAAAUGCAAUUAGUUUGAGCUGAACCGCUUUGAUCGGUGAUCCGGAUACCAGUUUCUUUUUGAGGAUAAUCUACCCUCCUUUCCUCCUUUCCCCUUUCCAUUCUAUCUUAUGAAUUUUUCCCAAAGGUGCUUCUAGUACCACCACAGUCCUGAGAGGACUUCACCGACGAUGCUACCAUUUGGGUAGCAGGCAUUUCCUUCAUCCCAGAAGAAGUGCCUAACGGAGCGUUGGAAGAUCAAAUGUCCCUUGUGGACUUUCGGGCAUAGAAGGCCUACUGCCCGACCGGCCGCACUCGUUGCAGCCAUGGUCGCUUCCUCCAGGUUGAUGGGCAGUGGGCAAGAGAACCGUCUGAACAAAUUCAAGUCUAGUUUUCGACCCGCUUGGUUGAGUAGAAAAUAAAUGCAAAAAUUGUAAUGAUAGAAGCGCUCCAACAUUCCCGGUUUUCCUCUUUGUUC